AAUUCUUACAAACACUCCUCCGACCAAACCAAACUUAUAAUAAGAAAGAAGAUAACUAACUACUAUUCAUUACAGGCUCACUACAAAUCAAAGCAGAAUUUCUUGAAAUGGGUAAGGAUGUCGAAGUGGGCGGCGGCGACUUCACGGCGAAGGACUACCAAGACCCGCCGCCGGAGCCGCUCAUCAACCCGGAGGAGCUCGCCAAGUGGUCGCUCUACAGGGCCGUCAUCGCCGAGUUCAUUGCCACCCUCCUCUUCCUCUACGUCACCGUCCUCACCGUCAUCGGCUACAAGAGCCAGAGCGCCGACGACCAGUGCGGCGGCGUCGGCAUUCUCGGCAUUGCCUGGGCCUUCGGCGGCAUGAUCUUCAUCCUCGUCUACUGCACCGCCGGCAUUUCCGGGGGGCACAUCAACCCGGCGGUGACGUUCGGGCUGUUCCUGGCCAGAAAGGUGUCGCUGCCGCGGGCGGUGCUGUACAUUGUGGCGCAGUGCUUAGGAGCCAUCUGCGGAUGCGGCCUGGUCAAGGCUUUCCAGAAGGCCUACUACGUUAGGUACGGCGGCGGCGCCAACACCCUCGCCGAUGGCUACAGCACCGGCACCGGACUGGCGGCCGAGAUCAUCGGCACCUUCGUCCUCGUCUACACUGUCUUCUCCGCCACCGACCCCAAGAGAAGCGCCCGAGAUUCCCACGUUCCUGUAUUGGCGCCGCUGCCCAUCGGAUUCGCGGUGUUCAUGGUGCACUUGGCGACGAUUCCGAUUACAGGGACGGGGAUUAACCCUGCUCGGAGCUUCGGAGCUGCUGUGAUCUUUGGGAAGGAUCAGGCCUGGGAUGAUCAGUGGAUAUUCUGGGUCGGGCCAUUGAUUGGGGCAGCCAUAGCAGCAAUCUACCAUCAGUAUAUCCUGAGGGCGGGAGCAGUGAAAGCUCUGGGAUCAUUCCGAAGCUCUUCUUACCAGUAACAAUAGCAUCUGCAAUGGUGGGAAUGUUGUUGUUGUUCUUGGUAGAGCAGAGCAGAACAGAGAGCAGAGCAAAGCAGGCACGCCUUUUCAAAGUGCCCUUCUUCUCCAAUGCACAUUUAUUUCACUUCCUUCCUUCCUUCUUUAGCUGCUGCUUCUGUGUGUUUUCUUUUACUUCUUCAAUGUGUUCAUGUCCUCCAAAUCCAAAAGUCAGCUUCAGUAAUAAUAAUAAUAAUAAUAAUGUGUGUUUGUUUCCA